AUGUCCGCCCAAGGGACCAACGCCAAAAAGGUUGCAAGCUACACCCAGGCCAUCUCCGCCAAUGUCGCCAACCUCCUUGCCGAGCUUGCCCGUGCCAGCACCCAGAACGCGGCGCCACAACCCACUACAAACAGCAACGACGAGGUCCUACGCCAGCUCAAGAACAUCACCUUAGACAUCGCAAGCAUUCGCGCUGAUCUUGACCUCAUCAAGACAAGGAUGGAUUCCGGGAGGGAAGAGGCACGGUCGGGGAUCACCGCUGAGACCAACUUGGUAGAUCUCAUGGAACUGGAGGACGAACACAGUUUCUUCCUCCAGUCCUCGACGGCAGAGGAACACAACGAGCUCGCCCGCCGCUACAACAGUGAACUCCGGCACCACAGCGAAUUUAUUGCGCCGCUUCACAACGCUCGGAAUAAACCUGUGUUUGGCUUUCCCACGACGCUCGGCGACCUCGCCCGUCUCGACUUCGCUGCCGAAAAUCUUCUCUGUAGCGCCUUUGGACUGGCAAACGAGUUGAACGCAUUCCAGAAGUUCUGCGGUUUCAAAAAGGAGCUGAUAUCGAGCAUCUGUCAGUACGAGAUCCCAGGGAAGGACCUGGCCACCCACCGUGUGAUGUGCCGCAGAAGACGAGUAAUCGAGAUCGAGGCAGCCGGCGCCCCAACGGCGAGCACGAGGCUGGCGGCGGCCUUUCAUAAUAACGAGGCGCGCAGACAUAACGCAGGGGCGGACUGCAGCGACUACGAUAUCAUGCCGAUCCACUGUGAGCGGAAUCUGGCGGUUCCAGGGUUUCCCAGGGAGUGGCAGUGGUUUUUUCGGCCGCAUCGGAGGGAUGUGUUGUAUUUUCUAGGGCAGUAUGGGCAGGAUGUAAAGCCGGAUGGCUGUAGGGAACGGGCCGAACCAACCUGUCGUCUCCCUGGAAGCGAAGCUCUCGCUCAGUUCGAGCUCGCUGGUGAGGUCCGCCUCUUUGGAUGUAUAUAUCUGCCUUCAACUCGUGACCAUAUGAGAAGCGGCACUCUUGGUGUAGCGCCUAAAGCCAUGGCCUGGGUUUUAGGUGGUGGAUAUCAAAUCUAG